AUGAACCGUAAAAAGACAGUGGAGAGAAAGUUGGCCUGCGAAACCAUCCACAAUGUUUCAGUUAGCAAAGUGGGCCAAGCCAUUUUAAAGAAAAACCCUCAGGAAACAAGGGUUCUGAUAGACAAGCUGGAAGGCCUUGAGAUACAUAAACGAAGGUGGAAGAAUGAGUUCUGUGGCAAAGUUUAUGAUGCGAGAGAAGAAUUCAGACAAACUCGAAUCACCUCGUUCGUUAGAUCAACUAGUACAUCUAAAGGAACAAAAAAAAGCAUGACAACGAAUUUUACCCAACCGCGGAGAGUUUCUACUGCUAGAAAGAGAAACGGGCGAACUAAACUUUACAAACAACCGGAUCAAAACCAAGAAACAGGAGCAACGAGUCGCAAAGAACCUUCACAAGAUACCGCCAAAACAGUGUGUCUAAAUGUCCCUAAAACCACUUUGAGGAAGAAAACUUUGGCUACUGAUGUAAAAAUUUACCUAAAUGAUAAAUUGAUGAAUGCAGAAAGUGAGCUCGGCACAGUGACAGAAGUGGAUAAAGAGAGAGAAAAAAGCGGCUCGAUUACCCCUGAUUGCUUGACGCCAUUUAUUCGGCACUCAUUCGUGGACUGCCCAAACCGGUCAAACCGGACCGUCCCUGGCGACGUCCGUCAGUUCGGAAAGAGAUGUCAGACUUGUGCAUUGGUGGUUGCAAAAACACAGCUCGACGCUCCACAAAGGGAAGGAAGUAAUCAGGUUGCUGUACAGCAAAUAACAGAUUCCGAUAAAAAAGAAGAUAGUCAAUCAAAGCCUUCUCGUCAAGGAAGUGGCCAUCCAAGAUCAAGAAUGUCGAUCAACAAAAUUUCUGAUAGCGCGCUCACGCGGCCAUGCUUUGUUCCUUCUCUUUCCAACCCUUUUGAAGCUCAGAAGUAUUCCAAUAUUUGGAAAGCUCGUGUGGACGAAAUCGUUUGUAAACAAAGAGCAGUCAGCGGCAUUUUGAAGAGAGAAAAAGUUACCAACCUUUUGAGGAAGAAUUCAGAGUUGAGCUGUCCAAGCUUUUUGCCAUCUCCUGUAAAAGACGCACGAUUUCUUGGGCUUCAGUCUUUGUUAGUUCCUGUUACAAACAACGUGAUAGCACAUAACAGAAAAGCUGAACGUUCGUGA